GGAGGAGGUUUCUUUGCAGCAGUCAUGGCAGAAAAUUGAUCUUUGGGAAAAGAAAUUCUAGUGACCUUGUACAAAACAUGAAGCAUCGCAUCCAGUCGUUCCAGUCUAACAUUUCGUCCACAAACGUUUUGGUUUUAAUUAGUGACAGUUUUAUGUUGACAUUUACCUCACACAGAUCUGUUUUAGUUCCAGAGGACAGUUUUUCCUGAGAAAUGCCUGUUUAUCAGACUGCAUCUUUUCGACUAACCCAGAAGCACCCGUUCAACAAGCAAGCAGUUCUCAAAAUCUAGACCCGACAUGUCUGUUUUUAUAACCGCUACACAUUCCUCCUGAUGCUGAAAGGUUUUAAUAACUGAUGUGUAACCUUACACUUCUGCUUUGGCCUCUUACAGAUCAUUAUGUCCCUUUAGCACAUAAAAAACCCCCCCAAAAAAACCACUAAAGCAUAUAAGUUGAUACUGAGAAAAAAAUCCACACCCUUUCCCCUCCCACUCUACUGAAUAAGUUAAAAAGGCGAAGACAAUAUCAUUAAUUUAUUUCGGUGAGUUCGCUGAAACAGAUAGAGGCUACUGUAUAUCUUAGGCUAAAAGCAAGUCAAUAUUUCUAACAUAAAAAAGACUCCUUUUUGGUAAAAGGACCGCCUGUGCACUUUCCUGAUUGCAGCACAUUAGGUCUGGUAUUAAGAAGACAUGGCAGAAAACGACGGGCCGGUGUCUUUCUUGGACUUGGCUGUCGUCAUGAAGUAUUUAGACCCGAACAUGACAUUAUCCGAAGCUCAAAUCCGGGUUUCAGAGCUCAAACAAUGUGCCUCUGACCUGCUGAAUCUAACAUUUCGUCCAUCACUAACAUUUUUUGAUGAGAACGCGCUCGCUCGCGGUUUAAGCUUACAUGGUACCGCAAAGGAACAAAUUCAGGCCGUUAUUGGCUACAAGAAAUCUCACCCCGCGUCCAACAAUUGCGGUUAUCACGAGUCUGUUUAUACGUCUCCGCGUCGAAUUGUAAACGAGCUGCUCGAAGCUUUGAAAGGAGAUCUGACUUACACGAAAGCCGCCAAAUCACACGCUGACUGUGACAUCUCAGCGUUGUCCUCCGAUGCGGUCUUACUUGCGGCUCAGACGUUCAUGUUUCGAAACAAACAUCGCGAUGUUUCCGACGAAGAGGCCCUCCAGGCUUUCCGCGAAGCCGUUCGAUAUCUAAAAGGGGAGCGACGCACGCCGACUGAGUUCAUGAAGUGUGACGGCCGCGAGCUCUCAGAGAUCAUCCGAUGCGUGAACCGGCAUUUCACAGUAGAAAUCAUAGAUAUAACCGGCUUUAAAAUAGCUAAAAAAGUUAUGGAUAGCAUUAAUCAAGGCACAGAGCCUCCAAAACCAGACGGGUGUAUGUAUUCGUGGGAUGCACACUUGCUGUCUGAAGUCGAUUGUCUCAGGUUUAACUAUGUAGAGAGAAAUGUAAUAUUUGGAGACGAGAGCGAUGAUUACAUAUUCCCAGUGUGGGAGAGAAUGGGGCCAACCUGUUACCGCUGGUAUAUUUUUCGUGCACGGGGUCAAUACGACGGGAAGGACUAUUACGUCGUACAGUUAAAAAAGACUACUACAAUCGGGGGUCUCAUUCACGAGUUUGAAGGUGAUUUCAGAGCCAGCGAAGACCCCGCUCUUCUCAAACGACUUCAAGAUGCCAAAAUAAAUGGGAACUGUACUAGUGAAUUCCAGGGGACACCUGCGUAUACCUGGAGCAGAGACGGCAAGCCUCCUGCUCACCCAUACUUUAUUGUGGCUCAGCUCUACUGGCCUCGUAUUCCACCCAAUUCAAAAUACCAACUGGAAGAAAUCCCGGAUAAAGUAGCCCUAGAGGUGCUUUACGAUGAGAUGCCCGCUCUAGAGGAAAAAAGAACAACCGAUCUCAAAACAUACACUUGGUUUUUGAACAAACCCGAGGACGCCGACAACGACUUCCCGGAACUGAGAGAUUAUUCUGAAGGACAGGCUUUUUCUGAUGAUUACUUGCGUCCUUCAACGGAACCCCUUCAGACAGAAGGCUUUGCUUAUGAGUGGUCAAGAGAAGAGCAUGAAAGCACACACAGAGACUUCACUUUGAUAUUCAGAGCGAGGCCAACCUGUGAAAGAGUUCCUCAGGUCGUAACAGAGGAAACGAGGAUAAGAUUUGAUUACUGGCAGUAUAUCAGAGAGUUCGUCUUCUUCGGUGGCUCGCGUCUUGAAGGAGCAGUGCUCGCCCCGGAUCCGGCCUGGAUUGAUGAGGCACACAGGAGCGGGGUCGCCAUAUUCGGCACCGUUUUCUUGCCUACUCUCUACGAGGGGGGAGACGUGAAAGACUUGGAAGAACUGGCAAAACUGGAGAACCUACAGAAACUAGUGGACAUCGCCCACCGAUUAAACUUCGAAGGGUGGUUUCUGAAUACCGAAAACUACAAGGACUAUAGCGAGCCUCGCUUAACCGCGCUGAAACUCGCAAUUCAGAAAAUGGAUCUCAGGGGUAAAGAAAUGAUCUGGUAUUUACCCAGCUGCGAUAAAAGCAAACAUUUUGACCCAGAAUUUAAAGGAGUAAGGAUGACGUGCGAUGGCAAAAUCAAUAACACAGCGUUCGCCUUUCUGGAAGAAGAAGGGAAAAAGUUGUAUUUGAAUUUUUUUAAAUUGGUUAAGGAAGUGUUUUCUGAUCGGGCUCCUCUGAAUUACCUCAUGUUUGUUGACGAACCCUAUUGGGUAAACACACUUAAACAGAGACGCUAUUUGGUAGACCCUAUCAGAUUCCCAUAUGCUCAGAAAUGUCUCUGGCAGUUCUUUCUAGGAGAAAACGGUCUGGAAAGAAAACCGACAGGCACACCUGAGUGGUAUGGAAUAGCUAAAUAUGCAAAACAAAGAAAGCGAUCUAGCAAAGAUUAACAAGUCUGGAUCGAAGGACAUUUUGACUUCAUCACAUCAUUCCAUCACCAUUAACUGAAGCUGCAUCUUCUGUUUCACUCUUUAUGAGAUAUAAUACAUUAACCUGCUUUGUAGAAUUAUGCGAUUGGUUAGUACUUGCAGCUUCAUUUUUGGCGUGUUUUAUUUCACAGUACUGAAGUUGUUUAAAAUGAAAAACCAUUAUUAUUAUUUCUGGUCUUUAUUAGAACGAUCCCCAAGCUCAUAUAAACUCUUGCAAAUAUGACUAAUUCAUGUACUCUAGUCUGUGUUGUUUAUUUGCUGUUGCUGUUGUAAGUUUCAAGAAAAGGUAGACUGCUCUGUAAAAGGUGUUCACCAAAUAAUGCUUAUUUUAUUGUACAUGCUUAGGUUUGAAACACUGAAUCUUUCUUAUAGGCAUGAGAAUCCAAUUUUAAUCAAUAUGCAUAUGUUAGAAUAGUGUUUUAAAUAGUUAAAAUCAUUAAUUAAUUGUGUUUUACUGUAAUGCUCUUUUUACCGUGCUCUUUUUCAUGCUAUGACUGAAUGAAACAGGUUGAUAUUACAAUGCUGCGGGUAUAUUUUGUGUGUGUGUGU